CCACCAAGUACAGGAGCUGAUCAUCAUAGCAGAUGACAAUUUGUGGUAUGAAGGGAUAUGUUUCCCAAGGGUCAAUUACAAACCUGAAAUCCUCAGAAAAGUACGAGAAGAGUUUGUGAUGAAGGAUGAAGAUGUAGUAAUAGUCACUUUCCCCAAAUCAGGAACACACUAGUUGAUUGAGAUUCUCUGCCUGAUCCAGUCCAAGGGGGAUACCAAGUGGGUCCAGUCUGUGUCCAUCUGGGAGCGCUCACCCUUUAUAGAGGUUGAUUAUGGGUUUGCAAAUACGAAGGAGGGCCCAUGAUUGCUCACCUCCCACCUCCACAUCUACCUCUUCCCCAAGUCCUUCUUCAGUUCCAAGGCCAAGUGCCAUAUGAGUCAUGGUUUGACCAUGUUCAUUGCUGGGUAUCCAUGAGAGGGAAAACUUCCUGAUGCUGAGUUAUAAGAUCUGAAACGGGACACAAAAAGGACUGUGGAGAAGAUCCGUCCAUCCUGGGUAACAAGGUCGAGCCAGAAGAACCUGACCUCACCCUCAAGAAUAGCUCCUUUGAGGUCAUGAAAGAAAACAACAUGCCCAAUUACUCCAUGCUGGGUGAUGCUUAUUUAGUUCAGAAAAACCCACUUCUGAGAAAAGCUCUGAAGGCCAGAGGUCUGACAUCAAGCUCUCGGCAGGACCCUGCUCUCUCUUCAGCCCCAGGGGAGAGUCUGCGCCAGGCCUUUCCCUCAGCCAGGUAAAUUUGCAACUAACUGGGCAGAGAUUAACUCACAACUCAUCGGCCAGCAGGUGCCACAGACUCCAGCACUGGCUGCACCUGAAACCCUCACACCAAGUACAAGUUGCUGAUGGUCAUGUCAGACAACCUCUUUUGGUGUGAAGGGACACCUUUCCCAAAGGCCCAUUACAGCCCUGAACUCCUGAGAAAAGUACAAGAAGAGUUUGUGGUGAAGGAUGAAGAUGUCGUGACAGUGACUUACCCCAAAUCAGGAACAAACUGGUUGAUUGAGAUUCUCUGCCUGAUUCAGUCCAGGGGGGAUACCAACUGGGUCCGGUCUGUGCCCAUCUGGGACCGCUCACCCUGGAUAGAGCUUGAGGCUGGACUUGCAUUAGCAAAUAAGAUGGAGGGCCCACGCUUGCUCACCUCCCACCUCCCCAUCCAUCUCUUCCCCAAGUCUUUCUUCAGUUCCAAGGCCAAGGUGAUUUAUCUCAUGAGAAAUCCCAAAGAUAUGAUCGUAUCUCGUUAUUUUUUCUGGAAUGCAAUCAAUUGGUUUAAUAAACCAUAUUCACUGGAACAAUGUCUUGAAUGGUCCAUGGAAGGAAAAGUGCCAUAUGGGUCAUGGUUUGACCACAUUCAUGGCUGGGUGUCCAUGAGAGAGAGGGAGAACUUCCUGAUGCUGAGUUACGAAGAGCUGAAACGGGGCACAAAAAGGACUGUGGAGAAGAUCUGUCAGUUCCUGGGUAAAAAAGUAGAGCCAGAAGAACUUGAUCUAAUCCUCGAGAAUAGCUCCUUUGAGGUCAUGAAGGAAAACAAGAUGUCCAAUUACUCCAUGCUGGGUGAUACUUAUUUGGUUCACAAAAACCCCCUUAUAAGAAAAGGAAUUACUGGGGACUGGAAAAAUCACUUCACGGUGGCCCAAGCUGAAGCCUUUGAUAAACUAUUCCAGGAGAAGAUGGCGGAUCUUCCUCGGGAGCUGUUCCCCUGGGAAUAAUGUCUAAGAUAGUUCUGGAUCCUUUGGGGAUAGUGAUAUUUGUUCUCCUGUCCCUGUACAUGUGCAUGACUGGGGGUCAUUGCAUAAAACCUACUAGUUCAUCCUGGAACCUUGAGUUAUCAAAUCCUUUCACUACUUCCUUGUUAAAAAUCACCAUGUACCCCCCUAAUCAUGUUACAGCAUCCCAGAUUGUUUAAAAUGUUUGUAGUGUUUCAAACACACAGAAUGCUAUAGAAUAAUAAAGUAUUAUCCCACGGUG